AUGAAAAGCUUGUCAAUUCGGUUCUGGCUGCACGUGAGACGCUCCGAAGCGCGCGAGCACAGCCUGGACGCCAUCGGCCUGGUGCGCGUUCGUGGGUACGGGGGGUUCGUGUUCAAACAGUGGAAGGAGCGGUACCUCGUGCUGACAGCAGAGGGCAGUGUGCUGGUGUGCCGGGACGCCGAUUCUUCCCCUGACCAGGUGGUGGCGCUGCAGGGAGCUUGCGAAGCCAUUGUCGAAGGCAAGGAAAUCCUGGACUUGCCCCGCCUGCCCCCCGGGGGCCGCAGGGACUGCUGCUUUGCGCUAAUCCUACCCCAGGACAAGUUCCUGCUGCUGCUGGCGGACAAUCCCAAUGACUGUAGCCACUGGCUGAACUUGCUGAGGAAGGUGAGGGAGAGUGUCGCGUCGCCCCAGCGGAACUGCAGGCGACACCGGGCUCCGACCCCCUGCAUCACCGACAGAGACCCAGGUCCUUUCCCCGAGUACAGCGUGGAUAAAGAGCCCGGCAGCCCCCGCUUCGGCGACAGGGAGCCCUCCACCCCGGGAGGGGCGGGCGGCAAAGACAGAGGCGGCCGGUCCCCCCGCAGCCCGAAGAACGCGAAGGCGGCGUCUCCUCAGCGCUAUGCCGACUGCCUGCGCCACGGGACCAGAAGCGACGUGCGGGCCGUACGCGCCGUCUACCUGCUCAUGGGAGGGGCGGCCGCCUCCUCGGCCCUCGGCUACCUGGGCUCGUGCUCGGCGGCCCCCCGCGACGCCCCCGCCCCGAACCCGCCCCCCUCCGCCGACUUCUCGGACCUGGGCUCCGAGGGCACCUUCCACGCCUGCGGCCAGUCCGUGGACUCGGCGCACUUCCAGAGCUUCGACUUCGAGGGCGACUCUGACUUCGACGCCUUCGACUGCGGGGGAUUCGCCUUCUAGGGCCUCGCCAGAACACCCUGUAUUUUAGG